AUGGCAGACACCGAGGCCGGCAGCGCGCCAGUCGCCCUCUUCAAGAAGCGAGGCGCAAAGGGCAAGGCGAAUCUGCGAAAGCGCCCAGCAACGCCUCCCCCGGCCGCCAGCGACAGCGACAGCGACUAUUCAUCUUCAGAAGACGAGGCCGGGCAGAGAGUCAAGCGGCGCAAGAAGACGGCCGUCGUCACCGCCGCGGCAAAGGGAGCCGCGCCCAGCAACCAGGACGGCGGCGCAGCUGUCUUUACGGCCGACAGAAGCGUGCCCAUUGCCGACAGCAACGACGCGACGAAGCAGAGCAACUGGUACGAUGAGAACGCAAAAGACGCGCUGUCGGCGAAGAGCCUUCUGGGCUCGACUCGAGCUUCAAGAGACGACCAGCCGGACGGCACAUACAAGGGGUUAGCGAACCAGACUUCGUUUAUACAGAAGAACCCAGAUGCCCCUCGAAAGACUGUUGGCCCUAUGAAGGCGCCUACAAACAUCCGAACCGUCACGAUAACAGACUUUGCGCCUGAUACGUGUAAAGACUACCGCAUCACUGGCUACUGCGGGUUCGGUGAUAACUGCAAAUAUUUACACGAUCGAUCAGAUCUCAAGGCAGGCUGGCAGUUGGAUCAGGAAUGGGAAAAGGUGACGAAAGGCAAGAAGAAUCUCGGAGGAACCGUGGUGGCAAGCGCGAACCGGAACAAGACAAAGGCGGAUGAGGAAGACGACGAUGACGAGGCGAUACUCGAGAACAUUCCAUUUGCCUGCAUCAUCUGCAAGGAAUCGUACAAAGAGCCGAUUGUCACGAGGUGUGGCCAUUAUUUCUGCUUGCCGUGCGCUCUCCAGAGAUACAGGAGAGAUCCGACAUGUGCGGCGUGUGGCUCGGGCACAAAUGGCGUGUUUAACACGGCAUCGAGACUGAAGAAGCUGCUGGAGAAGAAGCGGGAGAGGGCGGCAAAGAGGAGACAGGAAGCUAUUGAGAGAGGGGAAGAA